AUGGCAACCCUCCAGUCCGACAUCUUCAAGCCCACCAAGUUCGGCGGCAAGUACACAGUCACCCUCAUACCCGGCGACGGUGUUGGUGCCGAAGUGUCAGAAUCGGUCAAAGAAAUCUUCAAGGCCGACAACGUGCCAGUGGAGUGGGAGCAGGUGGACGUGUCAGGCGUGGAAACAGGGGACAAGCACUCGGAAGAGCUAUUUCGGGAGUCGAUUGCUUCGCUGAAGCGCAACAAGCUCGGCCUGAAGGGUAUCCUGCACACGCCUGUCGAACGCUCCGGGCACCAGUCUUUCAACGUCGCGCUACGGCAAGAGCUUGACAUCUAUGCCUCCAUCGUUCUGAUCAAGAACAUCCCCGGCUACGAGACCCGCCACAAGAACGUCGACCUAUGCAUUAUCCGAGAGAACACCGAGGGCGAGUACUCCGGUCUCGAGCACCAGUCUGUCAGCGGCGUCGUCGAGUCUCUGAAGAUCAUCACCCGGGUGAAGUCUGAGCGUAUCGCCAAGUUUGCCUUCGCAUUCGCCCUUGCGAACAACAGGAAGAAGGUCACCUGCAUCCACAAGGCCAACAUCAUGAAGCUUGCCGAUGGUCUCUUCCGGAACACCUUCAAGAAGGUCGCAGAAGACUACCCAACACUGGAGACGAAUGACAUGAUUGUCGACAACGCUUCUAUGCAGUGUGUGUCGAGACCGCAACAGUUCGAUGUCAUGGUUAUGCCGAACUUGUACGGCGGUAUCCUAUCGAAUAUCGGCGCAGGCCUCGUUGGUGGACCCGGUAUUGUACCGGGCUGCAACAUGGGCCGGUCGGUUGCCGUCUUUGAGCCUGGCUGCCGUCACGUUGGUCUGGAUAUCAAGGGCAAGGAUCAGGCCAACCCGACUGCGCUGCUCCUGUCUGGUUCCAUGAUGUUGCGUCACCUUGGGCUGGACGACCACGCCAACCGCAUCUCAAAGGCUGUGUAUGAUGUUAUCUCUGAAGGCAAAACGAGGACACGUGACAUGGGUGGCAGCGCCACGACACACCAGUUCACCCGGGCCAUUCUGGACAAGAUGGAGGCAUCAGGAUGA